UAAAAAAAAAUAUAUUUUUUGACAUAAGAUUGGUUAAAACCAUGUGAUAUGUGAUUUAUGUUGCGUAUGAUUUCCUGUUUUAUCGAUUGCGCAUACCUACGCACUUGUGAUAGUGAUAAUAGGCAAAGGAUGAGAAGAAUAGAUCAUGUCGUCAGGUCAUCUCUUUAUGUAAUCUUCAUUCUUCUAUUUAGAAUUUUCGAUAGGCUACGCGAAAAGAUAUGUGCGUGAUUAGAAUGUAUCUACUAUCCGCAUCACGAUGAUUCUUCGAGGAUAUUUAAUGGUAUAUUCCGUUGUUGGUCUCGUGUUGUUGGCUACGUGCAAUGCGAUCUCGAAAGAACCGACUGUGUUGAUCGGUGUUCUAGUCAGAAACAAGGCGCACACUUUGCCGUACUUUCUGAGUCUGCUGGAGCGACAGGAUUACCCGAAGAAGCGGAUAAGUUUAUGGAUACGCAGCGACAACAAUGUCGACAAUUCGAUCAAGAUACUGAAUAAAUGGAUCAGUACGAGGAGCGAGAUGUAUCAUUCGCUGAACGUUGAUUUAAAUGCGUCGUCGACGGGUUUCGAGGACGAGAAAUCGAUCGCCAACUGGUCGCCUCGCAGAUUUGCACACGUAAUAGAUCUGCGUGAGCAGGCGCUCGAUUACGCGAGAAAAAUAUGGGCGGAUUUCAUUUGG